UUUGGAUUUAAGGUAGUUUGCCCAGGACCAGACUUUGCUAUGUUGGCCAAGACAGUGCUUUCUCUUGGGCUGUGGCUGCUGUUUGCUGCGGGACAGAACACACCUGAGCGAGGUCCCCAGCCAUCUAUUUCCAAUUCAGAAGGGGACCUCCUCUUCCUGCUGGACAGCUCAGGCAGUGUCUCCUACUACGAGUUUUCCAGGGUCAAGGAAUUCAUGUGGGACCUUUUACAACCUUUCACCUUUGGCCCCAAAGAUGUCCAGGCCAGCAUCAUCCACAUCAGCACUAUGCCCACCAUGGAGUUUCCUUUUGACCGGUACCUCUCUAGUGGGACUCUGCAACAAGCCAUCCGGGACACGCAACAGCUCAUGGGUGACACGAACACAGGCAAAGCGCUCUCCUAUGCCAAGGAGAAGUUCUUCAGUGAUGAAGCUGGUGCCCGGCCAGAUGUGCCCAAGGUACUGGUUUGGGUGACGGAUGGUUUCUCCACUGAUGACAUCUCCGAACCCAUGCAGGUCCUGAAAGACAUGGGAGUAACAGUCUUCAUUGUCAGCACUGGACGGGGGAAUUACCUGGAACUCUCCGCCGCUGCCAGCCAGCCUCCUGAGAAGCACCUGCACUUUGUGGAUGUUGAUGACCUACCCAUCAUCACCAAGGAGCUUCGAGAUGCUAUCCUAGAUGUUAUCCAAGCAAAUCGGCUCCAUGCAGUAGACAUCACCUCAAGCAGCUUCCGCCUGAUAUGGCCCGAACUCCUCUCCCAAGAAACCGACUACUACACCCUCGAGUAUGCCCCAGGAGGUGACCUGGCAAGGAAGAGGACAACGCAAGUGUCGGGGGCUCACACUAGCCUCACUCUAAGCAACCUUGCUCCAGAAACUACUUACGAGGUGGCACUCAUUCCUGAAUCCAACAUCCACUACUUCCCUCCACAGACGACAAGGGUUACUACCCUGGCAGAGGAAAUAAGCCCGACUCAGGUUCUCAUCUCAGAGUCCGGGCCACACAGCUUCCAUGUGAGUUGGGCUCCUAUGCUGGACAGUGUGAUCGGCUAUCAGGUCCUGUACGGACCACUCCCUGGGAACUCGGCGAAGCUGCUGGAGGUGGAUGGCAAGCACAAUAGCACUGUGGUGGAGAACCUGGCACCCAAUACAACAUAUCUAGUGACAGUGACUGCAGUCUACAAGUCGGGGAAGGAGAAGUCCCUGUCAGCUAAAGCGUGCACUCAGGAAGAGGGAUCCAAAGUGAGGCACCUUCGCUUUGAAGACAUGGGCCCCAACACCCUGAAAGCCUCCUGGGACUCUGCUGAUGGGGAAGUCCUUGGUUACAAAGUCAGAUGCCGGCGGCAAACUGGCCCUUCAUCUGUCAUCAGCGUUUCGCCGCAGAUCCACAGCGUGCUCCUGACAGACCUGGCUUCAGGCACCAUCAGCAAAGUGUGCGUGAAGCCCGUGUACAAGAACCAUCCAGGCAAAGGGCUGUGCCGCAUGGUACACAUGCAACCAGCUACAGAGGCCCAAGGAUAUAAGCACAGACAGAGAGCGUGA